CCUUCUCCUUUUGGCUCUUCCUUCAGCGGGUUCCCUAGCCUGAGCUCCCAGGCUCUCCCCUGGCUCCUCCCACUUUUCCUUCGGCCUCUCUUUUUCCUCCUGCUGGUCCUUUCCCAGCCUCCCCUGUGCCCACCCUCUCUUCUCCUUCAGCCCCUCCCUCCUCCAGUCUGUCCCUGUCCUCCAGCCCACAACUAUCCUGUUCCCACUCCACCCUUCCUUAAUUUCUUCCCUCCCACCUCCUGGUGCUCCUUUCCCCUGCUCACUUGUCUCACCCCCUCCCCACAGCAGCUUAGCCCCUCUUCACGGCUGACUCCCCCCGCCCCUGGUUCCCGUCCCCGCCCCUCCGCGGGCCGCCUCCCUCCUCCCAAGCUGUACCCAGUACCUCUCCAGUCUAGCCCCCUCCCCGGGGCUCCUCUCUUCGCUACCCCGCCCCCCGCCCCUAGUUCCUCUGUCCCCGCCCCCUCUGUUGGGCUCCGCCUUCCCCGUCCCUCCCGGGUUCCCCUCCUCGCAUCCCCUCUCCUCCCUCCUCCCUGCUCUCCCUCAGUCCCCGGCUUCUCUCCCUUCCUCUCCCUCUCCUCCUCGGGCGGAGGCGCCCACCACCGCGGGGGCCCAACGGGGACCGGCCGGGCAGCAAGGCAGGACCCCACCACCCCCCAUGGCUCCCUUGGCCUUGGUGGGGGUUGUGCUCCUCCUGGGGACACCCCACUGCGUGGGGGAAGCCACUCCGACCCCUUCCCUGCCGCCUCCCCCAGCUAACGACAGCGAUGCCAGCCCAGGCGGCUGCCAAGGCUCCUACCGCUGCCAACCGGGGGUGCUGCUGCCUGUGUGGGAACCCGAUGACCCGUCACUGGGGGACAAGGCUGCCCGGGCCGUGGUGUACUUUGUGGCCAUGGUCUACAUGUUCCUGGGUGUGUCCAUCAUCGCCGACCGCUUUAUGGCGUCCAUCGAGGUCAUCACGUCCAAGGAGAAGGAGAUCACCAUCACCAAGGCCAACGGGGAGACCAGCGUGGGCACUGUGCGCAUCUGGAAUGAGACAGUGUCCAACCUCACACUCAUGGCGCUGGGCUCCUCCGCGCCUGAGAUUCUGCUGUCUGUCAUCGAGGUCUGUGGCCACAACUUCCAGGCGGGGGAGCUGGGCCCAGGCACCAUCGUGGGCAGCGCCGCCUUCAACAUGUUUGUGGUCAUUGCCGUGUGCGUGUAUGUCAUCCCAGCCGGCGAGAGCCGCAAGAUCAAACACCUGAGGGUCUUCUUCGUCACCGCCUCCUGGAGCAUCUUCGCCUACGUCUGGCUUUAUCUCAUUCUAGCAGUUUUCUCCCCGGGCGUGGUCCAGGUGUGGGAGGCGCUGCUGACGCUGGUCUUCUUCCCGGUGUGCGUGGUGUUCGCCUGGAUGGCGGACAAGCGGCUGCUCUUCUACAAGUACGUGUACAAGCGCUACCGCACCGACCCUCGCAGCGGGAUCAUCAUCGGGGCGGAGGGAGACCCGCCCAAGAGCAUCGAGCUGGACGGCACGUUCGUGGGCACCGAGGUCCCGGGAGAGCUGGGCGCCCUGGGCGCGGGCCCCGCCGAGGCCCGUGAGCUGGACGCCAGCAGGCGGGAGGUCAUCCAGAUCCUGAAGGACUUGAAGCAGAAGCACCCGGACAAGGACCUGGAGCAGCUGGUGGGCAUCGCCAAGUACUACGCGCUGCUGCACCAGCAGAAGAGCCGCGCCUUCUACCGCAUCCAGGCCACGCGCCUCAUGACGGGCGCGGGCAACGUGCUGCGCAGGCACGCGGCCGACGCGGCCCGCAGGCCCGGCGCCGCCGACGGUGCGGACGACGAGGACGACGGCGCCAGCCGCAUCUUCUUCGAGCCCAGCCUCUACCACUGCCUGGAGAACUGCGGCUCGGUGCUGCUGUCCGUGGCCUGCCAGGGCGGCGAGGGCAACAGCACCUUCUACGUGGACUACCGCACGGAGGACGGCUCCGCCAAGGCCGGCUCCGACUACGAGUACAGACUCGGAGUCUGCAGGUUCACCAAGUCCCCUAGCCAGCCUGCCCCAAGACUCCAGUCCUCGCCUUCUGAACAGGAGCUGCACGCAGGACGCCGCGUCCACCUGGCAUCUGUAUGGGUCCCCACGCUUGUCCUCAAGCACUUUUGCCGCUGAGCUGGCUGUAGCUUGUCCCCGCCCCCACCCCCAGGGCACUGGAAGCUAGGCCAGGUCUUUGAAGCACCUGCAGUCUGCCCACGUGGGCCUCACAUUUCCUCAGAAAGAGACCGAGUUGUGUGCGCUUCCUGCGGGAAGCCAGGAAAGGAAAACUGCAUCCUUGGUGCCCGCUCCGUCGUUGCUGAUGGGGCCCUGCUUGAUGUAUGAAGACACGGCGAUUCCACUGUUGUGCCCUCCCUUAAGCUGGCAUUUCCUGCAUCUUAUUUUAGAAUCCUGAGGGGCUUGUUUUUAGAUAAAAAUCUUCGGUCACCCAGGUUGG